GAGAAAAGCUGACCUAUAUUGGAGAACAGCAGCUCUCCAGGAUGUCACACAGUAAUCUUUUCCCAGUUCUUCUUGGAGAUGCCUGAUAUGUUCCAUGGAAGUCUGUGUCAAAAAAUUAAGAGUGUUUCUCUGACCCUUUACAUAGAGGUAGUGAGAUAUAAGCUUACUAUGAUUUUCCCAAGCAUCUGUGGCUGAUAACAAAUCAAGGGAAGCAAAGAAAUAACAAAACCCUCUUCAUUAUCCUGCAGAAUGUUACAGAUGACUGUGAUGUUCCUGUAUUAAUGUGUAUAUGGCAACAUGGAUGCAAAAGUACAAAGCAUAGUUAAUCAGUCCUCUCUGACAGAAUUUCUACUGCUGGAAUUCUCAGAGGUUCAGGAGCUACAAAUUCUACACUUCUUUGUGUUCCUUGCUUUUUAUCUGGCAACAGUUACCGGAAAUCUUCUCAUCAUCUCUGCAGUUGUCUUUGACCACCACCUGCAUACCCCAAUGUACUUCUUCCUGAUGAACUUGGCCAUGCAGGACCUGGGUCAAGUUUCGGUCAUUAUCCCCAAAUCCAUGGCCAAUUCCCUCAUGAACACACGUCACAUUUCUUAUUCCGGAUGUGUUGCUCAAGUCUUCUUCUUUCUUUUCUUUGUAGCAUCUGAUUUCUCUCUUCUCACAGUCAUGGCAUAUGAUCGCUACAUUGCUAUCUGCAAUCCAUUACAAUAUGAGAUGCUGAUGAAUAAGCAAGCCUGCAUCCAAAUGGUUGCUAGUGUAUGGAUCAGCGGCUUUCUUUAUGGGGUGUUACAUGCCGGAGGAACCUUUGCAUCCCCUUUUUGCUCCAAUGUUGUCAAUCAGUUUUUCUGUGAAAUCCCACAGUUACUUAAGCUGGCUUGCUCUGACUUGUACCUAAUUGAAAUUGGAGCUGUUGUGUUAAGUGCUGUCAUUGGCUUGGGAUGUUUUAUCUUCAUUGUUAUAACCUACGUGCACAUCUUCACCUCAGUGCUGAGAAUCUCCUCUAUUGAAGGAAGGCAAAAAGUCUUCUCAACAUGCCUUCCUCACCUCAUUGUUUUCUCCAUAGCUGUAUCCACUGGAUCCUUUAUUUACCUCAAGCCUACUUCUAACACUCCAUCACUUCUGGAUUUGGCAUUGUCUAUGAUAUAUUCAAUGGUUCCACCCUUGAUAAAUCCAAUAAUCUACAGCAUGAGAAACAAAGAGAUUAAAAAUGCUAUGUCAAAGCUAUUAGGGUUUAGGCACUUUUCUUUGAAUACUUUCUCUAGUUUUAGUCUGCAAAGAUGAAUUUUGUAUACAGCUUUAAUGAUAUAAAAUGGAAGGCCUGUGAGGAAUGAUUGAAAGAGUUGGGUAUGUUUAGCUGAGUGUUGAUCCUGAAGGUAGCCCCUGCACCUUUAGGCUCCAAAUAGCAUGAGCUGUUACACAGUAAAACAGAAUUUCUCAAAGGUUGAUAUAGAAGCAUCUUGGAAGUCUUUAGAGAAAGGCUGGUGGCCCUCUGUCAGGAAUGCUGCAUUAGUGGAUUGUUUCUAAUUGAGCACUGGCUUUGGCAUCCUGAAAUAUCUUGCACAAGAUGUGAAUACUGUUAACCAAACCUCUUAUAGUUUGGAAUACUAUAUAAUUUGCACGUUAUACUGAAUUGCUCAUAAAUUACACUGCAUUAAUAUUCCCUGAUUUUUCUCCAUGAAC